UGGCUGAUGCUGUCAUGCGUAGCGCGGGGAAUUUCGAGUAGCGGCGGAGCGCGGGAGGCCAGUGGGUGCCGAGCCCCCCAGCUUCCUCAGGGCAGACCAUGGACUCCCUAGUCGAGUCUCGGUGGCCUCCAGGCCUGGCGGUCAUGAAGAUUUGGGGAUUACGGUACCUGUCCCACUGACGCUGAAGACUGACUUUGAGGAGUAAGUGAAGGGAUUUGGGGAAGACAAUAGAUGAUUUGCUGCGCUGUGGAAUUUGCUUUGACUAUUUCAACAUUGCAAUGAUGAUUCCUCAGUGUUCACAUAACUACUGUUCUCUCUGUAUAAGAAAAUUUUUGUCCUAUAAAACACAAUGUCCAACUUGUUGUGUGACAGUCACAGAGCCGGACCUAAAAAAUAACCGCAUAUUAGAUGAACUGGUAAAAAGCUUGAAUUUUGCACGGAAUCAUCUGUUGCAGUUUGCCUUAGAGUCACCACCCAUAUCUCCUGCUUCCUCCUCUUCAAAGAACCUUGCUGCCAAAGUAAACACUCCUGUAGCCUUCAGACAUUCUUUAAAGCAAGGAAGCAGGUUAAUGGAGAAUUUCUUGAUCAGAGAAAUGAGUGGUUCCACGUCAGAGUUGUUGAUAAAAGAGAACGAAAAAAAAUUGAUCCUUCAGAAAGAAGUGAGCACUUCUUCAAAGACCAAAGAGACACCUUCUAUAGAAAAGACAGCUCCGCGUUCCUUAGAUGCUCAUGUUCCUGAGACACCUUCUACAUCAACUUUGAAACAGGUUACCAGAGUGGAUUGUCCUGUUUGUGGGGUUAAUAUUCCAGAAAAUCACAUUAAUAAGCACUUAGAUAGCUGUUUAACGCGUGACGAGAAGAAGGAAAGCCUCAGAAGUUCUAUUCACAAAAGGAAGCCUCUGCCCAAAACCGUAUAUAACUUGCUCUCGGAUCGUGAUUUAAAGAAAAAGCUAAAAGAGCAUGGAUUAUCUAUUCAAGGAAAUAAACAACAGCUCAUUAAAAGGCAUCAAGAAUUUGUACACAUGUACAAUGCCCAGUGUGAUGCUUUGCACCCUAAGUCAGCUGCUGAAAUAGUUCAAGAAAUUGAAAAUAUGGAGAAGACUAGGAUGCGUCUUGAAGCUAGUAAACUCAAUGAAAGCAUAAUGGUUUUUACAAAGGACCAAACAGAAAAGGAAAUAGAUGAAAUUCACAGUAGAUAUCGUAAAAAACAUCAGAAUGAAUUUCGGCUUCUGGUGGAUCAGGCCAAAAAAGGAUACAAGAAAACUGUUGAAAUGUCAAAAAAAAAAGUAACAAAAGAAGAAGAUGGAUCUACAGAAAAGCUGUUACCUGUAUUUGUGGAACGGGAAGAUAAAAAAAUGAAAUUCUCAGAUACUUCCCCCAUAACAAACCACUUCUCUCAAUCAAAGCUGGAAUCCCCAGGGAGAAUGGAGCCUGAUAGACCAGAUGAUUCUUCCAGUUGUACUGAUAUUCAAGAAGAAGCUCUUUCUUCAUCAGAAUCAGACUCAUUCAAUAGUUCCAGUUCAGACAUCAUAAGAGAUCUUCUAGAAGAAGAGGAAGCCUGGGAAGCAUCACAUAAAAAUGAUCUUGAUCUUCAAGAUGCAGAAAUGAGUCCAGUACAAAAUCGUCGUACGAGGUCGUCUGAGAAUGCUGAGAUUGAGCCGAGCAAUAAGAGGAAUAGGAAUUAGUGAGGGCUGUGCUGACUUUUCUACUCUGGUGAUUGGAGUGUGGUACUUUGGGUUGCUACACAGACUUCAUAAAUGCCCAAGUGACGGUGUUGACUUCUCAAUUUGAUGGUUUUGCUGAUUUUCAUUAUUUUCGCCUUUCCUGGGAAAAAAAGUUAUAAAACAUCCUCACUUGGUCAAUUAAACCCUGUCUCUAAAACAUCUCUCUCUAAAAAUAUUGACAUCCCCAAGUCUGCCAGCUUUGCAGGGUAUACAGACAUUUUGGCACAGAGUUUUAUAAUGGUUUUGUUUCUAAAUUUCAGGAUAUCCUUAAGGCAUUCUCCUUUUCCAUGGAGAAACUAACUUGAGAAGAAGAUUCCUUUCAACCUCUCUGUCACAAAGAGCAUCUGAGGAGUUAAGAGCUUUUGUAUUUCUGCAAAGGCAAUAUGUCAUAAAUCACCUCUUUGGUGCAUGUCAGCCCCUGAUGCCUGGAUGCCAGCAUGCCUGUCACAGCAUUUACAUGAUGGUCUGCCAAGUUUAAUGUAGUCAUUUGUCACUUGGAGUAGCAUGUUGAUAUCGAAACUAAAAAUCACAAACACUAACUUAGAAACAAACAUUGGGUAUAUUCUUAGGAAAUGGCACUUCAAAAUAUUAGUCUUUUUUUUUCACUUGGGUAAAUCAGAUCUUUAACACUGAAUCUUAGCUAUUAAACAGAAUGUAAUAAAUGAAUUUUGUAAAUGAAUAGACUAUACCAAUUUAAAAUAAUGUCCUGGAAAAGUGUCUUGUGAAUAGUUGAGUACAAGCUACAAAUCAUUGGAAAGAUUUGGUCAGAAAUCUUUGGACAGUGCAAACUCCACCAGUUCCCAGUUUGUCCAGAGUUCCUAAAGCCUCUCUUCAGCAUCUCAGAGCCAGCCCUCUCCACCCCUGCCCCCACAUCACUCCCAGCCCAAACACAUCAGCUUUCAAAUAACAUGACAGCACACAUACCAAUGUUAAAACAAUAAAUUUAUGAAUGUGCCAGAGACUUUUGUGACUUCCCCUUUCCAAAGAAUAUCUCCAUUGAAUUUGGCUUUUUUGCUAUGCUUUCAGGUUCCUGGAUUAUGUGUGGGGUCUCAUUAUGACUUCAGCAUUUUCACACUUAAAUGGACAUUUGUUUUCUUUUUGAGUUCCUUGAGCUUCAAAUGGUUAUGAAAGUAGUAAUUAUUACUUUAAUUGCAGCUGUAAAAAAAAAUCCAAACAAGUAAAUAUGAAAAUCUAAUUGGCUUUAUUCAAGGAUUUAUGAAUCGGGUAGCAUCCCAUUUACAAGUAGAAAUGAACACCAAGUUGCUGUACAAAACAGGUGGUUUUUAAUGGCAGAAACUGUGGAAAGAAGGAAGGAAGUCAUUAGCAAAAGAAAAAAGGAUUGCUGUAGGCAAGGUCACCUUUUGGGGGAAGGGUAGGUCUGUCAUGCAGAUGACCUCAUUAAUAUUGAUCAGGAAAUUCCAGAUUGACUGGUUAAAGUCAUUCCUGUAAUGCAAUAAGUUUUGGUUGCUGUUGUGGGGGCAAGUGGCUCCAUUUUGGGUCAGUUAUUUCUUUUCCUUUUUCUUUUUUUUAAACACAGCAAAAGGAGUUUGCAAGAGAGUAGUGUCAGGUUUAAUCCGAUUGGUAGUGAAAUGAAAUAGGCCAGGCAAAAGCUGGUCGAGGCAAGCUUUUAAUGGGACAUGCCCUCAGGUUCCGAGGCCCACGGGAGGUAAAGAGUGGGCCCGGAAGUUGUGCCUAGGGGAGUACAAGCAGGCUUUUUAAGGGGGAGCGGUAAGGGGUUGUGAGUCUGUAAGGUGACAGGUAUUAGGGCAUGUUACUGGUGGAAUGAGUUUGGGGCCAUAACUGCUUAUGCCCUUAUAUGGGGUCUGGGUAAGGUAUGGCUCAGGUUUCCUACAUAGGUCCUGUCUCCCCCUGAUGACACGUCCUUGGGCGGUCUGCUGGUGAAGGGAAAAAAAGUUCUGAGGUGGGGGUAACAAGAUGGAGCGUCUGCUGCCAUUUUGUUGAUGCCUCCCGAUCCCCCUUGAUCCUGCUGGCCUAACAAGUAGUGAGACCCAUGAUAGGGAACCAGGCAAGUGAUUUUGUUCAGAAAAUAUUUGAUUAUUUUCUUAGGUAGCAGUCAUUGGGAUGAGUGAUGUAGGAAGGACAUUAGGGUUCAGAGCCAUUGGCCAAAAAAAUUCUUAAGAUAUCUUGGGCACAAAAAGGUGGUUUUAUUAAAGCAUGGGGACAGGACCUGUGUGCAGAAAGAGCUGCACUGGAUAAUGAGGAGUGGCCCAUUAUAUAUUUUCAAGUUGAGGAGGAGGUUAGACAUAGCUUAAGUCUCCUAGGUAUUUUGACAACAAGAUUUCCAGGACCUUGAGAGGGCUAGCUCUUGUUAGGAAAAGGUCAUUUAUUACUGUUUAGUAAAAACUCAGUCCUGAGACUCUCCAGAUAUAUUGGUGGGUCAUAUCCUUGGAGGAUGAUUGCCACCAUGCGUCUUAGAGGGGGGGAUAGAGAUAAUGGAAGUCUCCAAAGAAAAUUUUAUAUGUUUAGUAGAUUUACAGGAUCUUGGGGAUUGGGCCAAGAUUGCCUUUUGCCCUUAGGAAAGUGGCAGCUGAAUUCCUAGAGGAAUGUCACUCUGUCUGUGUUACGGACUUGUCAAUGGCUAUAGGUAGAAAGGAAAUGUAAUAAUUUUUCUUCUGCCUUUGUUUCCCACAUCACUGAGCCCUGGAAAAACAGAGAUGACCAGAGGCCAUCUGAAAUGGUGGUUCUCAGAAGGGAUGGUUCUCAGUAGGAUGGGGAGGAAGAUUUUGCCCCUAGGAGACAUUUGGUAAUGUAUGGAGUCAUUUUCGGGUGUCACAACUGUGGGGGUUGGGGGAUUGCCACUGGUAUGGAUAGAGACCAAGGAUGCUUCUGAACAUACUAUAGCACACAGGACAACCCUCAAGCAGUAUUUGCUCAGGCCAUGGUGCCGUGGUGUGAGGCUCAAACAAAAUGCCAUGGUGCAAGUCUUAAACAAAACAUUUUUUUUUCUCUCCCAGUACUUAGCAGUCCAAAAUGAAGUUGUCAGUAGGGUUCUGAGAUCUCUCUCCAUGGUUUGCAGAUGGCCAUCUUCUUGCUGUGCCCUUAGAUUAUCUUUCCUCUUUGCUUGCAUAUAUUUGUGUUAUAAUCUCCUCUUUAAAAGGACAGCAAUCAUAUUGGUCAAGACCCAUCCAUAAGAUUUCACUCUACCUUAAUUAUCACUUUAGGGCAGCCCCGGUGGCUCAGCGGUUUGUAGAUCCGGGAUCGAAUCCCAUGUCGGGCUUCCUUUAUGGAGCCUGCUUCUCCCUCUGCCUGUGUCUCUGCCCCUCUCUGUCUCUAUGAAUGAAUAAAAUCUUUAAAAAUCUUUUUUAAAAAAUAUUAUCACUUUAAAAACCCUGUUUCCAAAUGCAUUCACAUUCUGAGGUGCCAGGAGUUACAACUUCAAUAUAUCAGUGGCAGGGUCAGGGAAUACAACUUAGGCCAUAACACCCCCCUAAUUAAGAAUUAUCAGGUCCCCCCCCCCCAAAAAAAAAGAAUUAUCAGGUCCAUUAAUAUUGUCAGUGGUGCCAAGAUUGAGAAACUCUAGUAUAGAGGAGCCCUUAAGUCUACUUGAAAAAUAAUGCCUACAGGACGUUUACUAAGCUCUAUUUGUAAGCACUUAGAAACAUUUAACAUUUAUAUAUUGUAAGAAAGGGAUUUUUUUUUUUUUAAGAUUUUAUUUAUUCAUGAGAGACACAGAGAAGCAAAGACCUAGAGGGAGAAGCAGGCUCCUCACAGGGAUCCCAGUGUGGGGCUCGAUCCCCAGACCCGGGAUCACGACCUGAGCCGAAGGCAGAUGUUCAAUCACUAAGCCACCCAGGCGUCUUGAAAGAAAGAGAUUUCUAUAUCUAUUUGAAAAUGAGGAACAUAGGAUAAAUGUCAAAUCUAGGAUAGAAACCAAUAAGUUUUUUAUUCCAAAAUUGAUCUUUUUGUGAAAAUACAAACCUCAUCACUGGUUAUUAAUUCUUUUUGCCUCCUAACUCCCCUCUAGGGUAUAACAGCUCCCAUAAAUAUGUCAUCCCACAAUGGCAGUGAUGCCUAUGGUUUGGGGAGGGUGCAAGUAAGCUGCUGUGUAAUCUAGAAACAGACCUCCAGGUUGAUCUGAUUUGUCAGGCCAUGUUUUCAUCUUGUAAUCCCUUCUCUCUUCUUUAUACCCCUCAUUGAGAGUCACUGGUCUAGUUAAAAAGUAAAUUCAUACUCAUAUGACAGUGUGAGUAGUAUAGCAAGGACAGUAUACAUUUAAGACUAACUCAUGUGGUUGAAGAGAUUCAGAGCAAGUCUCCCUAAAAUGUGCCACUUUGGCAUGUGAUAAUUAAGCUAAAGGCAAUAGAGAUUCUGCAGACCCAAGAGAAAUUUUUUUGCCAUUUUCUUAACUAUCUGGAAGAAUUUAAAUGGGGGGGGGGUCUUUCCCAGAUUUAGAGUUAAUACCAGAGACAAAAUUUUAUACCAGAGACUCUCUCUGGUAAACAUCUAAUUACAUGAGCCUGGGUGGCUCAGUGGUUGAGCACUUCCUGCAUGGAGCCUGCUUCUGCAAGGCUUCCUGCAUGGAGCCUGCUUCUCCCUCUGCCUAUGUCUCUGCCUCUCUGUGUGUGUGUGUCAAAUAAAUAAAUAAAUAAAUAAAUAAAUAAAUAAAUAAAUAAAUAAAUCCUUAAAAAAAAAAAAAAAACCUCUAAUUACAUCUAAAACAUCUACUCUUAUUCUUCUGUGAAUUGCCUUACCCCCUCUUUGAAGUCUCAGGCCUCUUCCCAUUCCUUAGCUCAGGAUGGCAUAUAUACUCCCAUUUUACCUUUCUGUCUUUGAACUUCUUGUGUAUGUGGGGUUCUCAUACAUACAAAAUUAAAUUUGAUUUUCUCCUGCUAAUCUAUCUGAACUUAAUUGUUCCACCAGCGGGAAGAAUCUUUGAAGGAUAGAGGAAAAAUUUUCCUUCCCAGCAUGGUAAAGAUUCAUGUCAACAGGAGUAAACAAAAUAAAGCUUUUGGAGAUUUUUUUUUUUUUUCUGGUUACCUUUGGCUCUAUAGAAUGAGAAGAAAGCAAUUAUCUAGAUUACUACACUAAUUGUUGCUGUGAUUGAAGUCAAAAUUUGAUUCUUGAAUUUUCUUAGAACUGGGGAAAAGGCAGAAACAGUAGAUUACAAAAUUCUUAGCACCUGCUUAAAGAAAAUAGCACUUCUAUUUUCUUCAAGUGAGACAUGGUUUUUCCUAUUAUGUGUUUAUUUUAAUUAUAAGAGUAACUAAUUAUGAACAUUAAGAGGAGAAAAGCCAUCACAACCAUUGAAUUCAUCAUCAUUUUGAUAACCUUUAUUUGGUUUUAAUCAUUGAAUAUAUCAAAUAUCCUUCCUUAGCAGUAGCCACUUGAGGUUAUAAACAAGACAUACUGAUACUGACAUAUCUAUGUUACUGGCUUUAUAUCCCCACCUACACUUAGGCCUUAUGGGGGCAUUUCCCCAUCCCUUUCCCCAUAUCUCCAGGUAUCCCUGGCCUCAGACUACUGAAAAUACAGGAACAAGUGCAUGCCUCAGUAUGUUGCUCUCCUGCCACAUUCCUGCUGGUCACCUGUCCCCCUUGCCAGUGCUCUCUCACACUGCUGGUCCUGCCGGAGAAUCCUGACUUGCCAUGUCCUGACUUGCCAUCUGCCAAGGCAUCCCCUUGCCCCCUUCCUGUUGAUUUCACUGAUUCUUGGCCUUGCUGUGUUGUAAGUGGAAGCAAUGAAAGUGUGCUCCCCUAAUCUGACAGUGUGCUGUCUCCUCGAAUCAUUGUGUCCUUCAUAAACAUUUUGCAGUUUUUCCCUCUUUCCUUAACCCCUUUUCUUUCUCCUUUUCCCCUUUACCUUCUCUUUCUUCUUUCUCUCCCGUGCCUUUCCUUGACUCUCAUGACUACAUGCCAGGUAGUAGUUCAGAACAUACAACCUGCACUAAUGGGACUUACAGACCAGAUGGACAUUAAUUAAAUAAUUACACAGAUUAUCAUUGUGAAAAGUGAAGUAAAGCGGAGAUAUAUGGUCCUGUGAAAAUACGUAAUAGAUUUUGGUUUUGCUCAUAAGCUCUAUAGGAGUUUAAAAAUCAGUCAAAGAAGGUAAUGUUAAUCAUAGUUCUGCUCUGUCCUCUGUGUCCUCAUCCCCCAGGAAAAUGCAUGUAUCUUCUGACUUUUUUGGCCUCAAAUACAAAAUAUUAAAAUGCUCAUUGAAGUCAGCUUAGGGAAAUAGUGCCUAUGUGUCCACUAAAUUCACAAUUGUGUCAGACAAACUAGACAAGUCAGAAUUGCGUAUGAGCCAGCCAGGACUGACUCCACACUAGACAUACCCACAAUCCUUCUCUCACUUUGUCACAGAACACUUUGACAGUAUAUUAUCAAUACCCUGUAGUGAUUAUGUCAUGAACCCAUCUGCAUCGUGUGCCACAUUUGCAGUUUUCUUGGACAUCGAAGUUACUGCCAAUUUUUCCCAGUUACAAAUAAUAGAAUUACUUCGGGUAGAUUCCCAGAAAUGUAAUUGUUGAAACAUUAACUCUUAACAAAAUAUAUGGCAGUUUCUUUUUUUCUUUUCAAAAUAGAGGACAUUAGGAUGUUAAAUUCUAAAGGGAUUUUGGUCUGUGCUUUAAAAUAAUGGUCAUUAAGAUAUAUAUUGGAGCUGUUUAUAGGAAUUUCACAGUAAGUGCCAAAGCUUUCAUACAGCUGCUACUUCUAUUAGAUCUCAAAGCCAAAGGAUCCAUAGUUGACAACUGACAGAAGACAGUUCUGUAGGGUUACAAGCAAGCGAAAACCCAAAAAUGCUUUGGGCAUUCUAAUACUGUAGGAUCUCUGAGGACGAUGACUAGAGAACACUUUUACAGCAUUUCACACCCAAGUUGGGUACAUUUUCUGGCAAGAUUCUAGGACUGUCAUUUUUUUAGUGCUGGCCAGAGAAGGGUCCAAGCCGCUUUGGAUGCCAACGUUGUCAUACUCUUGUGAAUGUUUUUACUUGAAUGGGGGACCAAGUGGGCUCAGGAGCACCAGCAGGCAGAGGACUUUUUUUGGCCCAGUACUACAGCCUAGAAACUACAGGUUUCAUAAGUGAAGCUCCAGACUUCCACAUGGCAUUAUUCCCUCAAUUCGGUUGUAUAAGAACUGCAUCACAAUCUUGAAGGAUUUUUAUAAUUUUUGCGUGUGCACUAUUUAGAGCAGCCCUUAUAUGCUGAACAGCAUGUCUGAGGUACAGAAUGCACUUCUGGGUAACCUCACAUUCACAGUUGAAUGAAGCUGUUAAUAGUUUGACUUCUGAAGAAUAUCUGCUAAAGACAUUCUUAUUUGGCAGCAUUAAUUUCUGAAACCAUGAACUCUAUAUAAUAUGGAGCAAUUUAUAUCGUAUUUUCUAAUCAUGACAUUGAGUUAUCUAAAUAUGUUAAAUGCUUGAAGGAGGAAGUGGGGCUAAGGUACAAUAUGUGACAGCAGAUACUCUUAUGUACCUUAUCCCAGUUUUACAGCAGUACAGGCUUUAUAGGGAUGCAUUUUGUGGAGAUGUGUUUCAAGAUGAUGCAGUUUGCACUGUUACUGAUUUCUGUCCAGAAGUGGGAAAGAGAUGAAUAAAUGUUUCUUAAAAGUCUUA